AUAGAACCGCUAUCCAAAUGUUGAACAUUAUCUUUGCUUCAUUGUGAAAAUUUAUGCUAGCGACUUUUACGUUACAGCACACUACUGCGACUUUUAUUCCGACGGAACAGGAAGGGAAGUGGUAGCAAAGACUAGGAAACUGAUGAUGGAUACCCGUUUCACCAAGGGAAAAUCGGCUAUCCUUGAGCGCUCGCUGACCCGGCCAAAGACCGAGGUCAGUGUGAGUGCUUUCGCCCUGCUGUUCUCCGAAAUGGUCCAGUACUGCCAGAGUCGCGUGUACUCGGUGUCCGAGUUGCAGGCGCGUCUGGCGGACAUGGGUCAGAGUGUGGGUGCCAGCAUGCUCGAUGUCUUAGUACUGCGCGAGAAAAACGGCAAGAGAGAGACCAAAGUUCUCAACAUCUUGCUCUUUAUCAAGGUAUCUGUGUGGAAAGCUCUAUUUGGAAAGGAGGCUGACAAGCUGGAGCAGGCCAAUGAUGAUGACAAGACCUACUAUAUCAUUGAGAAAGAGCCACUCAUCAACGCCUACAUUUCUGUUCCGAAAGAGAACAGUACGCUGAACUGUGCCGCCUUCACAGCUGGCAUUGUGGAGGCCAUCUUGACCCACAGUGGCUUUCCGGCCAAGGUUACUGCUCACUGGCACAAGGGUACCACGCUGAUGAUCAAGUUUGACGAAUCUGUUAUUGCCCGUGACAAAGCUCUGGACAGUAGAUAGAGUGUAUGAUGCAGGAGUUUGGUGGAUUGAUUCAUUGGUACAUCCUCACUGGUGAAUAAAUACCUGAGAGACUGACCUGUGACUGAAAGACGAGUAAUGAAUGUUACAAGAAUUUAGUAUAUUUUGGGAUGGAUGUUCUUUCUGUUAAAUGUCAUGAAACCACUCAUUCCUGCAAGACGCAUUCAUGAAUAUUUGGGUCACACCCUAUUUGUAUCAGUGAGCGCUUUUAACAAAGCGUCUUUGGGGGUUUUACCUGUUCAUGUCUGGGGGAUUGGGAGUGCAUCUAUAUCUGAGCCUGAAGGUCCAAAGAUGCAGUAGUUUCAUUUAUGCUGGUUUAAUUCUCAAACCAGUUCAGAACAUGAAGAUGGUGUCUUACAAUUAUGUACUUAUGUUUUUACCUCCUAGUAAAUGUGUGAACAUUCCAGUGAAGCAAAUGUUGUGUUUGUCAUCAUAUAUCAGUCACACUGCGGCAAAACAGUUUUUGUUAUAUUCUAAAAGAGAAUGGUAUCAGGAUACCAUGAAUGGCUCUGAAACUGGACUCAUGAAGUCGUCAAAAGAAUUUUGCUGUUUUAAAUCUUUGACCCACGGGGAGCUGCAUUAACUCACCUGUAACUAUUAAAGUGUGUCCCUGGUGGUGUGAAGUAGGCUAAAAACGCCGGAAAUUAUAAACACUUUGCUUUGUUGUUUACUCAUAAUAAAAAGGGGUUUGUUUCA